GCGUAGAGAACGGGCACGCUCAAUAACAAGGCGCUAGUUGUCUGUCAAAGCAGUAAUACGUGAUACAACCCAGGGAGUUUGUGACAGCCAUUUACCCAAAAUUAAUUUAAAUAAUAAAUUAAUAAGAAAAAAAAUAACAAAUAAUUAUAAAAAUAUAUUUUUCUUGUUAAUUAUUUAUUUUUCAUAUUUAACCCAAAAGUGUUUUUUGUGCGUGUGAUUUUUACUAAAAAAAAAAAAUUGUGCGUGAUUUUUUUUUAACGUCAUUUGUUCUUUGUGUGAGCUCGUAUUUUUAUAUAUACAUAUAUAUCGAGUUACUCUUUUUAAAUAAAAAAAAAAGGCGUGAAAAUAUUUAAUUAAAAAAAAAAAAUAUAAUAUUAUUAAAAUACAAUUAACGAAAAAUUAAUUUUUAAUAGAGUAAAAAAAACAAAAAAUAAAUAAAAAUAUAACGAAUUUACAUUGAAAAAAAAUUAAUUUAAAAAUAAUAGAAUCAAAAUUAAUUAAUAAAUAUUUAUAUUCGUGAGAAUUUUUAAUUUCUAGAGAGAAAGAAAACUUAAGCAAUAAUGACCGACAAGAAAGCGGACCAUUACAAAGAUGAUGAUUUGAUCCAAGUCACAUAUUCCGUGGCUCCUCAUCCACCAACAGGAUUUGUGCCAGCCCAAGCACAACCAGCAACUUAUGGAGUUGCUGGAGCAAGUCCAUAUGGAGUAUUUCCAAAUCAACCGCAAUUAUAUGCAACACAAGGACCACCACCUCCAACAUAUGAUCAAAUGACUCAUCCAAUGAUGUAUCAGCCAAUGUAUGGUCAAGGAUAUCCAGGUGGUUAUUUAACUGGUUAUCCAACAGCUUAUGGACCACUUCAAUAUUAUCCGCCAUUAGCAGCAGCUGCAGCUUAUUAUCCUGCUGCUGCAAUGCAACCACAACCAGUAAGACCAACAAUGCUGGUACCAAAUGGUUUUGAGGGUGGAAGAUUUGAUGGAAUAUCACAGCAGGUAUUACCACCACCACCACCAGGUGUUGCUGCAAAUGCAGCACAAUUAGCAGCUAUGGCAGGACACAGUGUUGCAUUGUCACAGAAAAAAGGCUCAUUCCUUGGUGGUGCAACGGAGGGUGGCUAUACAUUUUGGUAAAAGCACAGUUGUAAUUUCAUCACAACAAUGAUGACAAUUGAUGAUAAAUCAAGUAAAAAAAAAAAACAAAAAAAAAUAUAUAAUAAUAAUUUAAAAAAUGAAGAAAAAAUAAGAAAAUUUAAAAAAAAAAAAAAAUACAAAAACGUACAUACUAUAAUGGAACAUUUCGAACUGGGGAUUAAUUCAAAGAAAAAAAAAUUAAUAAUAGCAGCUCGUUUUUUUUAUUAUGAUGAUCCCUGUUGGCGAAUCUCGAUUCAAUAAUUUUUAUUAUUUAAAUUUAGUAAUUAUAAUUUAAUUUUUUUCGAUUGUUCUUUUUUUUAUUAAAUUUAAAUAUGUAGUCAUGUUUUCGAAAAUUAUUUAUUGUAAAAAAAUAAUUAUUUUCAACGAAUAUUGAUGAUACAUCGAAUAAUAAUAAUUGCAUUUUAAUAUUUAUUAUUAUUUUUUAAUUAAUAAAAGUUUUAUUGAUUGAAACUUAUUGAUUUUUAUUAUCGAAAUUUGAAAAAAGAAAAAUAUUAUUUAUUCAAAGAAAUUUUUUAUUUAUUAGUUUAUAUUAUUUGUUGAUUGGUAAGCGAACCGUUCAGUAUUAUUGUGGAACGAUGAUGAUGGGAUGAACACAGACAAUCGAAGAAAUUUUAAAAGCAAUGAAAAUAAUAAUAAUUAUAAUAAAUAAUUAAUGAUAAUUAAAAUAGUUGUUGAAUCAUUUGCGUGCAGGGAUCGAUAUUAAAAUUUUGAAGUGUCGAUUUCAUUGUUGUCCAUUGUUAUCAAUGGUCAAGUGAUAAGGAAAAAAUAGAAAUUGAAAUUGAAUUAAUUGUGAAUCGCAAAAUUGUAAAUUACAAAAUAAAAAUUAAAUAAAAAAAUACAGGGCUGUUCGCAAUAGUUUUUUUUUUUUUUUUGAUGAUUUAGCCCCGUCUAAAUCAGAACCAUUGUGUAUGAGUGUGAGAAAAAAAAAAUUGAAGCGUAAAAAAUGAAUGAUUUAGAAAAAAAAAAAAUAGAAAAUAAAAAAAAAAAUAUAUAAAAAAUAAAAUGAAGAAAAAAAAUAUUAAAAAAAUAUGCUUUAUGCAUGAAAAAAUUCCAGCAGUUUAAAAAAAAUUAAAAAUUAAUUAAAAUAAAUAAUUGAAGAAAAAAAAAAACGUCAAAAAGAUAGAUGAUUAUUAAAAUUAAAAAAAAAAAAAAUUUGAGAAAUUUAGAGCGACGUCAAAAAAUGAAAAAGAAAUUAUAGGAACGGGAGGGAAAAAAAAAUUAAAUCUAUAACAAUCCAAAGAUGGAAGCAAAAAAAUAGAAAAAAAAAGUAUUUUCAACGUGAAUAAAAAAAUGAAGGGUAAUUAAAAGAAAAAAAUUUUGCUUCUGUGCCAAAAAUAAAUUGAAAAAUUGAUGAAAUAAAAACUUUCCCGCCUGUUUCAUUGCUCGGCUGUAAACAUUUUUUUUAAUUUUCGCGUUUAGCUUUUUUUUUUUUUCAUUUGAUUGAUAAGAAAUGGAAAAAAAAAAUAUAUAUAUUGAAGAAAAAAAAUUGAUAAAUCGUGGCGAAUGUGUAACGAAUUUCUUAUGGAUGAAUUUUUUCAAUUUCUCGACGGUCAUUAGCUAGGAAUCUUUAAAUAAUGUUUACUCAAAUUUUUUUAAAAUAACGCGAA